AUGUCUGGAGAAGAUGUUAAAACAUACUCUGCCAACAGUAAAAAUAAAGAAAUGCAGAGAAUGAACCGAAAGCGAAAAACAUCAGAUUCUGCUUUUGAAGAUGAUUCUACCCAAAUGCCUAAAAGAAAGCUUUCAGUGGCCUCUGGAUCAAAUGAGCGGGAGAGUUAUCUCCACUCUUCAGAUAACAAUGGUGUCACUGUCCAAAUGUUGCUAGACAAGGUCACCACAGUAAAGAUGAAAGGUCUGUUUUCUGAGUAUGCAGCAAUCAGAACAGAGGCGCCUGUUGGCACUUUUGAAACUUCAAAACUGAAGGCUAAUGUUGCAAAGAACAGAUACAGUGAUGUUCUGUGUUAUGACCACAGUAUUGUGGCCAUUCCCCACCAAAGUAGCAGUUACAUCAAUGCUAACUUUGUAGACGGCUAUAAGCAGAAAAAUGCUUUUAUCUGCACUCAAGGACCCCUGCCUAAUACGUUUGUAGACUUUUGGAGAAUGGUAUGGUACAAUCAGACUUGUGUCAUUGUCAUGACUACCAGAACAGUCGAGAGAUCCAGAAUCAAAUGUGGCCAGUACUGGCCAGGAGAUAAAUAUACCAGUAGAAAGUUUGAAGAGCUUGUUGUCAGCAACGAGGAUAUUAUUCAGCACACAGACUUCAUAGAAACACAACUUACACUUCGUAAUUCACGUACAGGGGAAUCUCAUCCAGUCAUUCAUCUGCAGUUCAUCGGCUGGCCUGAUCACGGGGUACCCCAAGCACCGCCAUUCUUGACUUUCUUGGCCAGAGUCAGGCAUGUCCAGAAAGCCCUAACUAAAAAGAUGGGGUCAUCAUGGUCAGGUCACCCAUUAGGACCUCCAGUUGUUGUUCACUGCAGCGCUGGUAUUGGCCGAACAGGUACCUUCAUUGCUGUGGAUAUUUGUCUCCGGCAGCUGGAAGAUGUUGGUGUGGUUAAUAUACAAGACACUGUGAGGAAGAUCAGGUCUCAGAGGGCAUUUGCUGUACAGGUGCCAGAGCAGUAUGCAUUUUGUUACCUAGCAGUCAUUGAGUAUGCCCAAAACUCUGGACUUAUAAGUAGCAAGAAGCACAUUUCCUUUGCAGAUAUUCAAUGA